UCUGAAUUGAUUCAGUUCUUUGAAAUUAAGUUUGUUCAUUAGACUUUCCUUUAAUAGUUUUUAAACUUAAGAAAGUGUGCUCUUUGUACACUCUGUAAAACAUUAUUCAGCAGAAUGAUGUUGAAUAUGUAAACAAGAGCUGGGUUGAAUUUUCAGAAUUUUCUUCACAAGCCCUUGCCCAUCUCUUUCUCUUUCUUGUACCUGUUUUAUUUCUCAGCUUUACUGCCUGAAAGCUCUUCCUCUUCUCAACAGUUACCUGAAGACCCUCUGACGUCAUCAUCAGAAGUCAUCCACCAUGGGUCACUUAACCUCUGCAUUACUGAGGGGGAUUUCUCUCCUGCUGGUGACCCAGCGUGUGUUUGCUAUGGUGUUGUUUAAUGCCACAGAUCUUGGCAUUCUUUUGGAUAAGUACCUGGAAGAUGAUGAUGGAGACUGGAUGGUGGAGAGACAGCGAGGCAAGAGGGCCAUCACUGCCAGUGACAUGCAGGCUAUCCUAAACCUUCACAACAAACUUCGAGGGCAGGUCUACCCACCAGCUUCAAAUAUGGAAUACAUGGUGUGGGACACUGAACUGGAGCGGAGCGCUGAGGAAUGGGCCGAGACCUGCCUGUGGGAACAUGGCCCAGCUGGUCUGCUGCCUCAGAUUGGUCAGAACCUGGGAGUGCACUGGGGAAGGUAUCGUCCACCUACUUCUCAUGUACAAGCCUGGUAUGAUGAGGUCAAAGACUACUCGUUCCCAUACCCCCAGGAAUGUAGCCCUCACUGUCCUUUUAGGUGCAGUGGUCCAGUCUGUACCCACUACACUCAGCUUGUUUGGGCAACUAGUAGUCGAAUUGGCUGUGCGAUCAAUGUGUGCUACAACAUGAAUGUGUGGGGCCAGAUUUGGACAAAAGCAGUUUAUCUUGUGUGCAACUACUCACCAAAAGGUAACUGGUGGGGAUAUGCCCCAUAUAAACAUGGCACCCCUUGCUCUGCCUGCCCACCUAGCUAUGGAGGAGUUUGCAGAGAAAACCUCUGUUAUAAAGGUGAUGGAACAAAUAGACAAAGCCCACGUGAGGAAACAGACGAAAGAAAUUCUAUAGAACCUGAGGCCCCUCAUAGUUCUGGACCCCAUUUACGGGCCCCAAGUCCUACCAGACGCCCAAAUGCAGUUGUGAGCAAAGAGCAGAUGUCACAGAUUGUGACAUGUGACACAAAGCUAAGAGACCAGUGUAAAGGCACCACAUGUAAUAGGUACGAGUGUCCUGCUGGUUGUUUAGACAGCAUGGCAAAAGUGAUUGGAACAGUGUAUUAUGACAUGCAAUCCAGUAUUUGCCGGGCAGGCAUUCAUUACGGUGUCAUUGACAAUGAUGGAGGCUGGAUGGAUGUCACAAGACAGGGCAGGAAAGACUUCUUCAUCAAAUCAUACAAAAAUGGACUUCAGUCCUUUGGGAAGUACCAGAGUGCCAAUGCCUUCACAGUAUCCAAAGUGAUAAUAAAAGUUAUCACAUGUGAGACUACAGUUUCUGUGCUGUGCCCUUACCACAAGCCUGCAAGACACUGUCCUAGGAUUUACUGUCCUCGCAACUGCCAGCAAGAAAAUCCCCACCUUUCUCGAGUCAUUGGCACCGGAAUUUAUUCAGAUAAAUCUAGUAUAUGCAGGUCUGCAAUUCAUGCCGGCGUAUUAAGCAACGGGUCAGGUGGUUACAUUGACGUGAUGCCCACAGACAACAGGAAGCUGUACAUUUCCUCAUACCAGAAUGGCAUAGUCUCAGAAAGCCUGCAGAACCCCGCGGGAGGCAAAGCAUUCAGAGUAUUUGCAGUUGUUUGAAAUUGCGGCCACUCAUCAACUUGUUCUGUUGAUUAGGCUGUAAUAGUGGCCAUUGCAAGACCUUUUUUGCUCUAACCAGCCUAUACUGUAUUUCCUUUCACACAAAUGUUGCCUGAACUAAGAAUUUGCUGUAUAGACUGAGACCCUCUCCAAUGCAUCAAGCUGAUUAGCCAUUGUAUUACCUAAAAAGCAUGUAAUUAGAGGAUCGACAGGGAAUAUGGUGUCUGUAUUGCAGAGAAAAAGCACUUAAUUUAAGUUUUAGUCUUCCAUUAUUUUCAUAAAGAACAUUUCAGAGACCAUUAUACCAUAUCUACGAUAUAUUUUAGAUAGAAACAUGUUAAGUUGUCUUGUUAUGUUGUCAUGUUAAUUUUUCCA